AUGCCGGGGAUGGUGCUCUUCGGCCGGCGCUGGGCCAUCGCCAGCGACGACUUGGUUUUCCCGGGGGUCUUCGAGCUGUUGGUGCGAGUGCUGUGGUGGGUUGGCAUCCUGAUGCUGUACCUCAUGCACAGAGGGAAGCUGGGCUGCCCAGGGGGCGCCCUGCUCAGCAGCUACCUGAUCGUGCUCCUGGUGCUCCUGGCCGUCAUCAUAGGCACCGUGUCGGCCAUCGUGUGUGUCAGCAUGAGAGGGACCAUCUGUAAUCCGGGACCGCGGAAGUCCAUGUCCAAGCUGCUCUACGUGCGCCUGGCGCUCUUCCUGCCAGAGAUGGUCUGGGCGUCCCUGGGGGCCGCCUGGAUCGCGGACGGCGUUCAGUGUGACCGGACUGUGGGCAACGGCAUCAUCGCAACCGUUGUGGUCAGCUGGCUCAUCAUCGCCUCCACCGUGCUCACCAUCCUCAUCGUCUUCGACCCGCUGGGGGGCAGGGCGGCCCCGGGCACCCCCCUGGGCCCCCAGCCCCUGGACAGCCGUGAGUCCAGCCAGCUGCUGAGCGGCCUCAGGACGGCAGCGACCGGCGUGUGGGAGACGCGAGUCAGGCUGCUCUGCUGCUGUGUCGGCCGGGACGACCACACUCGCGUCGCCUUUUCGAGUACGGCAGAACUUUUCUCAACCUACUUUUCAGACACGGACCUGGUGCCCAGCGACAUCGCGGCCGGCCUUGCCCUCCUCCAUCAGCAGCAGGACCAUGCCCAGAGCUCACCGGAGCCCACCGAGGUCGUCACCCACUCCCCCGGGCCCUUCCAGGAGGCCGAUCUGGAUGCAGAGUUGGGGAACUGCCAGCACUACAUGCAGUUUGCAGCCGCCGCCUACGGGUGGCCUCUCUACAUCUACAGGAACCCCUUCACGGGGCUCUGCCGGGUCGGCGGGGACUGCUGCAGAAGCAGGACCACUGACUACGACCUGGUCGGAGGCGAUCAGCUCAACUGCCACUUCAGCUCCAUCCUGCAGACGACGGGGCUGCAGCACCGGGACUUCAUCCACGUCAGCUUCCACGACAAGGUGUAUGAGCUCCCCUUCUUGGUGGCCCUGGACCACAGGAAGGAGUCGGUGGUGGUGGCCGUCAGAGGAACCAUGUCUCUGCAGGACAUCCUCACAGACCUGUCCGCAGAGAGCGAGCCCCUCAACCUGGAGUGUGAGGUGCAGGACUGCUGGGCACACAAGGGCAUUUCUCAGGCCGCCAGAUACGUCUACCGCCGACUCGUCAACGACGGGAUUCUGAGCCAAGCGUUCAGCAUCGCACCGGAGUACCAGCUGGUCGUCGUCGGGCACAGCCUGGGUGCGGGCGCCGCGGCGCUGCUGGCCCUCAUGCUCAAGAGCCCGUACCCGCAGGUCAGGUGCUACGCCUUCUCCCCACCCAGGGGGCUGCUCAGCAAAUCCCUUUAUGAAUACUCCAAGACCUUCAUCGUGUCCCUUGUCCUGGGCAAGGACGUGAUUCCCAGGUUGAGUGUGACCAACUUGGAAGAUCUGAAGAGGAGGAUCCUGCGAGUGAUCGCCCACUGCAACAAGCCCAAGUACAAGAUCCUGCUGCGCGGGUGCUGGUACGAACUGUUCGGAGGGAGCCCCGAGGACCUUCCCACCGAGCUGGAUGGGGGCGACCUGACGCAGCCCCUCCUCGGGGAGCACAGCCUGCUGGCGCACGGGUCCCCGGCCUACAGCUUCUCCAGCGAGUCCCCGCUCGAGUCCCCCACCAGGUACCCACCGCUCUACCCUCCCGGCAGGAUCAUCCACCUGGAGGAAGAAGGCGCCUCAGGGAGGUGCUCCUGCUACCCUGCUGCUCGGUACACCGUGAGGUGGUCCCACGAGUCAGAAUUCAGCAAAAUACUCAUCGGCCCCAAGAUGCUCACAGACCACAUGCCAGACAUCCUGAUGAGAGUCCUGGACCACGUGGUGUCCGACAGGGCCGCCUGCGUUUCCUGCCCGGCCCGGGGAGGCUCCAGCGUGGACCUGGCAUGA